ACUCGAUUUAAUUAUUAAGUCAGUAAUGAGGAUUCUAAUGCCCACCGUGCUACUGGUCGCCAUGCUGAUGGCUGGCUUCGCCGCUCUUGACCAGGAGUACACAGAAGAACAGUGGGAAUAUUUCAAGUUGACUUACGGAAAAUUCUACCAUUCGAAAAUGGAGGAAGAGAAAAGGUUCGUUAUUUUCGCAAGAAACCUCCAGUUAAUCAUGGAGCACAACCAAAAAUACAACGAAGGAAAUGUCAGCUUCAAACUGGCUAUGAAUCGCUUCGCGGAUAUGUUACCAGCCGAACUCAGGCAAGCACCAGCAGUGUUACCUGGAAGAAGAUGGAGCUUAAAGAAGCUUUCAUGUCCAGAUGCACCGGUUCAACUGAAUGUCAGUGACUUGCCCGCGGAAGUGGACUGGAGAAAAGAGGGCGCUGUGACGCCGGUACCUGAUCAAGGGUCGUGUUUGUCGUCGUACGCGUUCAGUGCAAUUGGAGCUCUCGAAAGCCAAUGGUUCCGCAAAACUGGCAAGCUUCUCCCGCUUAGCGCUCAAAAUAUUGUGGACUGCGGAGCCAUGUUCCACAACAGAAACUGCGACGGAGGUUUUAUGGAUUCCGCUUAUGGUUAUAUUAAAGUCAAUGGUGGUAUAGACAGUGAAGAGAGCUACCCAUACGUGGGAACAAAAGCUGACUGCGCAUUUGAUCCAAGUGGAGUGGCUGCCACAGUGUCCAGCUUUGUGGACAUUAGCUCUGCAACGGAGACGACGCUGAUGACCAAAGUGGCUCUCGUGGGCCCGGUGUGCGCUUUUGUCGACAAUAGGCAGCCUACGUUCACCCUAUACUCUGAAGGAGUGUAUCACGAUUCUCGAUGCGCGAAGGACACUAUGUACCAAGCUGUACUGAUUGUUGGUUACGGAGCCACUAAAGACGGCGAGAAAUACUGGAUUGUGAGGAAUUCAUGGGGCACCAACUGGGGUCAAGAAGGCUACAUCCUCAUCAGAAGAGAUUCACAUAACGAAUGCGGAAUCGCUAGCUUCAUUACGUAUCCUGUCAUCUAACUCGUCGCACCUUGCUGUACAAAAUUUAAACUGAAUGACAA